AUGGCUACCCCUAGUGUCCUAGCUUUUGACGCUGAGGGUAGGGCCAUUGACUUUGACGUCUGGGUCGACGACCUGCAGCUUUUCUUACAGUGCGAUAGGGCAAACGGCCUCUCCCUCUUUGACCUCACUUCUGGUGCCUCUCCUGCCCCUGCUGCUGAUGCUGACGCCACUGUUUGCUCACAGUGGGCCACGCGCGAUGCUGCUGCACGUCUUGCUGUGCGUCGCCACCUGCCUACCUCUGAGCGUGCGCACUUUAGCCAGUACAAGAGUGCUCAGACCUUGUACGACGCUGUAGUUGCACGCUACUCCUCCCCUGCCACUGCUGCACUGAGCCGCCUCAUGCUACCGUACCUCUUCCCUGACCUUGCUGCCUUUCCCACAGUCGCUGACCUCAUUACGCACCUCCGCACUAGUGACACUCGCUACCGCGCUGCGCUUCCUGCUGAGUUCUGCGCCAAGAACCCCCCCCCCCAUGUACAUCACCCUCUACUACAUAGUCACCCGGGUGUUCCCCCUCCCCUCUUUUGCCCUCUGUUGCCUCUGCUGCUGCGGCCGACCUCGUUGGUCUGGAGUCGGUCGGUGCGGCGUCUACCCCUAGUGGGAAGCGUCGCUCUGGCAAGGGCAAGGGGGGCAGGGGCGCUGGAGGAGCUAGCGGGGGCAGUGGAGGCGCCGGUGGAGGCAGUGGAGGGGGUGGGGGUGGUGGUGGGAGUGGCGGCGGGGGUGGAGGUGUCGGCGGCGGCAGUGGAGGCGGAGGCGGCGGUGGCGGUGGCGGUGGGAGCGGAGGUGGUGGAGGUGGCGGAGGUGGAGGAGGCGGUGGCGGAGGAGGAGGAGGAGGAGGUCGUGGCUCUUCGUAGAGGAGUGGCUCCGGUGGUGGUCAGCGCCAGCAGCAGCAGCGCAGUCGGGAGACCCUGUCCCCUCAGCAGCUGCGUGAAUGGUACGCUGCGCGCCUGCGGGGUGGGGGUACUGGUCCGUGCACCUACGUCCUGCGCACCGGCGACCGUGCGGGUGAGCAGUAUGGGGGUGCGCACCCCACCCAGCGCUGCUUUGGACGCCUGA